AUGUCAGACGACAACAUCUCCAUUUAUGACGAGAUCGAGAUCGAGGACAUGACCUACGACGAGGACAUGCAGAUCUACCACUACCCCUGCCCCUGCGGCGACAAGUUCCAGAUCGCGCUGGCCGACCUGCGCGACGAGGAAGACAUUGCCGUGUGUCCCAGCUGCAGCCUCAUGAUCCGCGUUAUUUUCGACAAGGACGAUCUCCCUAAGGACCCCGAAGAAGACCCCGAGCUCGCCGAGGACGCCACUGCCCAGAUCCCCGUUGCCGCUUGA